UGUUAUCUUCGCAUAAGCCUACAAAGAAACCCAUUCCGCCCACCUCGUCUUCUGCAGACGUAUGAGAGAGCUUCCUAUACGCAACAAUGGUGUGAGUUAGUGUUUUGAAUGAUGCUCUUAAGAGCAUGUACAAUGCUGAGAAGCGUGGGAAACGCCAGGUCAUGAUCAAGCCAUCCUCAAAAGUGAUAAUCAAAUUCCUCAUUGUUAUGCAGAAGCAUGGUUACAUUGGAGAGUUUGAGUAUGUUGACGACCACAGGUCUGGUAAAAUUGUUGUCGAACUUAUUGGAAGGCUAAACAAAUGUGGCGUUGUUAGUCCUCGUUUUGAUGUAGGCGUCAAAGAGAUUGAAGGCUGGACUGCAAGGUUGCUCCCCUCUAGACAGUUUGGUUAUAUUGGUUAUAAUAAAAGGGGCUAGGAGAAAGAAUGUUGGUGGUAAAGUACUUGGUUUCUUUUACCAGGCUGAGCUUUUGCCCGAAAUGAUCCGAAUUUUUCUGCUUUCGUAGGGGGUUGGGGA